CAUUGUCCCGCGCGCGGACGUUUUUGUCUCCGUGCACCUCGGUCCUUCGGAGGUUAAGUCGAGUGGCCCUGCGGAUGCCGACUAGGGGAGGGGACAGAAGUAGCUUAACCCGAGUCUGUCGUGUGCAGAAUCGGGGCAGAGAGUUGCUUAACCGAGCUCGUCUUGCCGCAGAGCCGUGCUGGGUACUAAGGCUGGGACAGGCCCUGCCUGGCCGUCGACCCGGUGGACGCCCAGCUCAGGACCUCAGGCCCCUGCCCGUGCCUGGAGGAGAGCAUGGAAGAGCGGGAUGAGAAGCCCCCGGGACCCCUGAAGGCCAGCGCGCAGGACUGUCUCCUUUCUCAGGAGAUUAUCGUCAAGGUCGAGAGAGACGAUGCUGGGUCACUGGCCGUUGCAUCCCAGGAAGGAGUGAACUUCCAAAGAGUGACUGUGGACUUCACUCAGGAGGAAGAAGGCACUCUGAACCCUGCCCGGAGGACCCUGGACAGAGAUGUGAUCCUGGAGAACCACAGGCACCUAGUCUCUUGGGACUCGGCAACUGCACUUGGAAGAAGAGAAUCAACAUCAAAGCAGAGCAUUUUUGGUGAUGAACCAUCCCACAGAGUGAAGAUAGAAAGGUUGACAAGAGAUGAUCCUUGGUUAUCUUCAUGUGAAGAAGUUCAGGAUUGUAAGGAGCUGUUGGAGAAGCAACAGGAAAAACAAGAGAGACUUUUGAAGGAAGUGACAUUCACUCACAGAAAAGCUAUUAGUCAUGAGAGAGCCUGCAAAAGUGAUGACUUUGAGGAGAAGUGUGGUCUGAAUUCCAGUCUUCUUUCACCACAGAUGAUACCCAUAAGAAACCAUUUUCAUAAACAUGCUUCACAUGUUAAAAAAUUGCAUUAUAAUUCUAUGGUAAACACUCAUCAGAUGAUUAAUGAUAGUGAGAAACUCUGUGAAAAUAAAGAACGUGGAAACCUCCCCCAGAGCAUUCAUUUUAUUCAGUUUACAAAAACUCAAACAGAAGAUAAAUCCUAUGGAUUUAGUGACAGAAUUCAACAUUUUAGCCGUGAUAAACCCCGAAAUCUACAUGAGAAAAUACACGCACAAGGAAGAUCCUUUGAUUUUAAGGAAUGUGGGCAAGUUUUGAACCACAGUAUAUCCCAUAAUGAACAACAGAGAAUCCCUGUUGAAGAGAGUCAGUAUAAAUGUAAUAAAACCUCCCAGAGUUCAUCCCUUGCUCAAAACAUGAGAAAUCAUUCUGAAGAGAAACCCUUUGAAUGUAAUCAGUGUGGGAAAUCCUUCAGCUGGAGCUCUCAUCUUGUUGCACAUCAGAGAACUCACACAGGGGAGAAACCUUAUGAAUGUAAUGAAUGUGGGAAAUCAUUCAGCCGCAGCUCUCACCUCGUUUCUCAUCAGAGAACUCAUACUGGAGAGAAACCUUAUAGAUGUAAUCAGUGUGGGAAAUCCUUUAGCCAGAGCUAUGUCCUUGUUGUGCAUCAGAGAACUCAUACUGGAGAGAAACCUUAUGAAUGCAGUCAGUGUGGAAAGUCAUUCAGGCAGAGCUACAAACUUAUUGCACAUCAAAGAACUCAUACUGGAGAGAAGCCCUACGAAUGUAAUCAAUGUGGGAAAUCAUUUAUCCAGAGCUAUAAGCUUAUUGCCCAUCAAAGGAUUCAUACUGGAGAAAAGCCCUAUGAAUGCAAUCAAUGUGGGAAGUCCUUUAGUCAAAGUUACAAACUUGUUGCGCAUCAGAGGAGUCACACAGGAGAAAAACCCUUUGAAUGUAAUCAGUGUGGAAAAUCUUUCAGCUGGAGUUCUCAGCUUGUUGCACACCAAAGAACUCAUACUGGAGAGAAACCCUACGAAUGUAAUGAGUGUGGGAAAUCUUUCAACCGCAGUUCUCACCUUGUUAUGCAUCAGAGAACUCAUACUGGAGAAAAACCCUAUGAAUGUAAUCAGUGUGGGAAGUCCUUCAGCCAGAGUUAUGUUCUUGUUGUACAUCAGAGAACUCAUACUGGAGAAAAGCCCUAUGAGUGCAGUCAGUGUGGGAAAUCCUUCAGGCAGAGUUCAUGCCUUACUCAACAUCAGAGAACUCAUACUGGAGAGAAACCCUAUGAAUGUAAUCAAUGUGGAAAAACAUUCAGCUUGAGUGCUCGACUUAUUGUGCAUCAAAGAACUCAUACUGGAGAGAAACCCUUUACAUGUAAUCAGUGUGGGAAAGCUUUCAUUAAUAGUUCUAAACUUAUUAGGCAUCAGGCAACUCAUACUGAAGAGAAACCCUAUGAAUGUAACUAGUUUGGAAAUCUUUCAGCCAGAAUAUAUCCCUCCCUCCCUCCCUCCUUCUCUCCCUUCCUCCCUCCUUCCCUUCCUCCCUCCCUUCAGCCGCUCACUUCCUCCUUCCCUCCUUCCAUUCCUCCAGGAUUACAUGUAUUGGAAAGAACUACCAUGAAAACAAUGUGUGUGGAAAAAGCUUUCAGUUAGCUCUCUGUUAUUGUGUAUCUGGAAAUUUGUUCUGGGGAAGAAAUAGAGAAAAACUGUGAAUCACAUAUUUUACUUAGCAAUUCCAUGUUAAAAAAUCAAACUUGGCCCUAAUAACACAUUCCCACAAAAGUAAUAACUAUUGACACUUUUCCUUGCAGAAAGCACUUCGACCUGAGUUUGAGAAAAUUAUCAUUAAAUGGGCAAUAUGCUGUGGAGUGAUUGCCAGUGAGGUGGACCUCUUUUCCAAUAAAGAAUAAAUGAGAAUGCUAAUACCGGUGGGCUUGUUGUUGAGAAGAUUGGGAAAUUGCUGUAGUUAUUAGAACUUAGACUGGAAAAAGGCAUUUCAGUGUAUCAUUUUCCAACAUGAUCUCCCUAGCAGCUACUUAGUAAUCAGUUUCAUACAGCACUUUCUCUUAUAUGUGAAGGUUUUGUAAAAAUUAGGGAAAUGGCUAUGAUAUGAACUGAAAAAUGCAGGGCAAGAGUAUAGAACAUUCAUUUCUAGAACCAUCAUGAUAAGAUAUUUGUGUUUGGAUCAGGAUCUAAAGGGAUUCUAGGCGUAUCUGUUUUAAUUUUAGGUUUAUGCCUUUUUUUUUGAAUGUAUGCUUUUUUAUAAUACUAAUAAAUGAUAUGAAUAAUAGUCAAAAAAAUAACAAACAUUUCCAUCUCUUUGACCAUUUAGAAAAGUCUGGACAGUCAGAUAGCAAAGAUCCCUCAGGGUUCUGAGAGUUCCAUUUGGAUUAGCAUGAACAGGUUACUCCUUAGGACUUAGAUUCCAGGAAUGUUCCUCAUUGAGAAUAAAAUAUUUCCUUGGGAAUGUGGAACUGGAAAUUUAAGCCAGAGGGAAUGAGAAUGUAUGGGCAGUAUGGAGGGCAAAUGGGCUUUUUUUUUUUUAACCCAUAUAUCAAAAGCAGUAUAAAGGAGCUUUAUUUUUAAGGUGUUUUUUUUUUUUUUCUCCCGUCAUGUAGUAUUGUCUUUUUUUUUCUCUGGGAUAUGUUCCCUAAUGUGAGAAUCCUCUGAGUGGGAAGGUACUGCCCUGGCUAAGUGCUUGCCAUCUAAAUUAAGCUCAGAAGAAUGCUUUUAGUGAGGUAAUAUUUGUAGCUUCUCAUUGGUUUUUUAGAUUUGGUUCACAAGUCUUUCUGGCCUUUGCCCCUAUAUCAUGAAUUCUAAUCCUAUGGAUUGUCAUGGACCUGAAACCUCUGAUCCCAGAGAGUUAUUGAAAAAUAGGCUGAGAGUUGAACUGAGAGACCAGAGAAUAGAGGUAAAUUCCCUGGAGAAAGAAAAAAAAAAAAAAACAACUAAAGUGAUAUCUAAUAGGGGUUACCCUUAGUAAAUUUUGUCCCCAGGAUAUGACCCUAAGUGGAUUCAUCUUUAUGAGGGUUAAGCCAGAGAGUGCAGCACACCUCACAGUGACUGAAGUUCUGGGGGAACAGUUGUUGAUGGCUGGAAAACUGGCUGCCCACCCCAGGAGAAUCUUCAGUCAGUCCAUGAAUGCACAGAUAGAGGAAGAGAAGGGGUUCCCCAUGCACUGCCUUUGGGGGAGGACAUAAAAUUGUGAAAAUGCUAAUUUGGUAGUGGGACAUGGUUAGGCUUCUUUUCCUCAAAAUUAUAGAUAAAACCAAUACCAGUGCUAGGUACAAGUGGAUGAUUUCCACUGGGUAUGUUGAAUCUUACCUUGAAGACAGGAGACAGGAUUGUACAAAUGAGUUUAAAGCCAACUGGGCUCAGAAGGAGGCCUGUGAAGAUUUCAAGUUUGGGAAAGGGUUUAUCUCAAAGUAAUCUUUUUAGUGUUAAAAAUAUUUCAUUGAAAAUGAAAUUGAUAAAACUGCAAAGAAUUUUGAAGUGAGUGUGUGUGUGAUUGUGUGUUUCUUGGCCAGGUUGAAUAUGAGUCAUCUGUGUGCACUAAGUCAUAAGUAUUACAUCAGUUCCUAGCUGGUGAAUUAUGGUUGCCAAGUGUCUUGGAGUAAGGUAGAUCCAGUAAAUAAACAAA